AUGGUAGCUGCGAACGGCCUUGCCAUACCCACGGGGGUCAACGGUAAUUCCGCAUCCACAUCUUCCCACUCGUUCUCCAAAUCACCUCCAUCACACAUGGAAUACACAUCAUCAGCUCCGUUUCCACCUCCAUCAUCGAAACACGAUGACAACGAGGAAAUCCCUUCUCAUUUAUACGAGAAAUUGCCUAGUCAUCUAUUGGAAGAUAAUGGGAAAGGUUUUAAAGUGCCUGACUACUUGAGGAUGAUAUUGAUGUCCAAAGUGUAUUCUGCUCCCCUUAAUCUGAAAGAGACUCCCUUGACUUUGGCAGUCAAUCUAUCUGCAAGACUUGGUAAUGAAAUAUGGCUCAAACGUGAAGACCUUCAACCUGUUUUCUCAUUCAAGAUUCGGGGAGCGUAUAAUAUGAUGGCUUGUUUGAGUGAAGAGGAGAAAAAGAAAGGUGUGGUAACAUGUAGUGCAGGUAACCACGCUCAAGGAGUAGCAUUAUCUAGUAACGCUCUGAACAUUCCAGCAAUAGUCGUUAUGCCUGUCUCUACACCAUCUAUCAAAUGGCGUAAUGUUCAACGCUUGGGAGCUAAAGUCGUAUUGCAUGGAAGAGAUUUCGAUGAAGCGAAGACUGAAUGUAGUCGACUAGAAAAAGAGAAGGGAUUGACAUUCAUUCCACCAUUUGAUGAUCCAUAUGUUGUGGCUGGACAAGGAACAAUAGCAAUGGAGAUUUGUCGUCAAGUCACGGAUGCAGAUAAGUUGUCAGGUAUAUUUGGUGCUGUCGGUGGAGGAGGUAUGAUAGCUGGUAUAUCAGCUUAUAUCAAGCGUGUGGCUGCACCAACAGUAAAAGUUAUAGGAGUAGAAACUGUCGAUGCGGAUGCUUUAGACAAGAGUCUGAAAAAAGGUAAAAGAGUUACAUUAGAUGAAGUUGGUCCAUUCGCAGAUGGAACUGCAGUGAGAAUAGUUGGAGAAGAACCUUUUAGAGUAUGCAAAGACAAUGUAGAUGGUGUUGUUCUGGUAAAUAAUGAUGAAAUCUGCGCAGCUAUCAAAGAUGUCUUCGAAGAAACACGUUCCGUCCCAGAACCAUCAGGGGCAUUAGCUUUAGCGGGUCUGAAAGCUUAUAUAUCGCGAAAUAACCUCGUCGGAGCAAAUAAACGAUUCGUAGCUGUCAUUUCUGGAGGUAACAUGAAUUUUGGCAGAUUGAGAUUCGUAGCUGAACGUGCGGAAAUUGGUGAAAGAAGAGAAGUUUUGGUUAGCAUUAAAGUAGCUGAAAAACCUGGAUCCUUCCUUAAAUUCCAUUCAUUACUCGGAGAAAGAGCGGUGACAGAAUUUACAUAUCGAUAUUCUUCUCAAGAAACCGGGUAUAUCAUCUGUUCAUUCAUCUUAUCGUGUGCAUCGUCAUCGGCAUCUGGACCAACGCAUGAAGCACGUCAAAAAGAGAUCAACGAAUUAUUCGAAAUGCUUAAGAAAGAAGGCAUCGAAGCUACCGAUUUGAGUGAAGAUGAAUUCUCGAAAUCACACGUGAGACAUCUAGUGGGAGGAAGGAGUGAUGUUGAAGAUGAACGUCUGUUCAGAUUUGAAUUCCCAGAACGACCCGGUGCAUUAGGUAAUUUCCUAAGAGGCAUGAAAUCAGAUUGGAAUAUCUCAAUGUUCCAUUACCGAAAUCAUGGCGCUGACGUUGGCAAAGUACUUAUCGGUGUACAAGUUCCCCGAGAUUCCUACGAUGGCUUUGGAGAAUUUUUAGAUGAUCUUGGAUAUGUUUACGUUGAGGAAACCCAAAACCCGGCUUACACUUCUCUGUUGAGGCAUCAAUGA